AAUACAUCGAAGCCAAAAAUAAGAUUCGGACACUCAAGUUGUAAAGAUAAGAAAACGGUGGUUGGGUGCCCUCUGUUUAUCUCAGUCGACGCCGGUGGUGGUCACUGCCAGCCAAUCACCAUGAGCACCGCCAGGAUCGCGGCCACUCAGCCUCUCUUCUUCUCUGCACCUCACUGUCACCGACCUCCCUCCAUUUAUGUGGUGGACUCUAAACCAAACAGAACCUCCCCCUCCCUAAAGUUGCGAUGCUCGGUGGCCAAAGAGUCGACCAUAUCUCCUUCGGGGAUCAAUGGAGAGGGUACACAGUCGGUUUCUGUUGACUGCGUGGUGGUGGGCGGUGGAAUCAGUGGGCUCUGCAUCGCUCAGGCGCUGGCUACCAAGCACGGCGACACCGUCCCGAAUGUCAUAGUCACGGAGGCCAGGGACCGUGUGGGUGGCAACAUAAUCACCGUCGAGAAGGACGGCUAUCUCUGGGAAGAAGGCCCCAAUAGUUUUCAGCCGUCCGAUCCCAUGCUCACCAUGAUGGUGGACUGUGGUUUGAAGGAUGAUCUGGUUCUGGGGGAUCCAAAUGCACCUAGGUUCGUGUUGUGGGAUGGCAAGUUGAGGCCCGUGCCGUCCAGCCCAGCUGACAUACCUUUCUUUGACUUGAUGAGCAUCGGUGGCAAACUCAGGGCUGCCUUUGGUGCUCUUGGCAUUCGCCCUUCUCCGCCUCCUCCAGGUCGCGAAGAAUCGGUUGAAGAGUUUGUUCGUCGUAAUCUUGGCGAUGAGGUUUUUGAACGCUUAAUUGAGCCUUUUUGUUCAGGUGUUUAUGCGGGUGAUCCUUCAAAACUGAGUAUGAAAGCAGCAUUCGGAAAAGUUUGGCAGCUAGAGCAAAAUGGAGGUAGUAUCAUUGGUGGUGCCAUUAAAGCAAUCCAGGGGAGGAAUCGUGCCCCUAAGACACCUCGAGAUCCGCGUCUUCCGAAACCAAAGGGCCAAACAGUUGGAUCUUUUAGGAAGGGACUUGGUAUGUUGCCGGAUGCAAUUUCUACAAGGUUGGGCAACAAAGUAAAAUUAACUUGGAAGCUUUCAAGUAUCAGUAAAUUGGAUAGAGGGUACACUUUGACCUACGAAACACCAGAAGGAUUGGUUUCAGUUCUGAGCAAAAGUGUUGUGAUGACUGUUCCAUCCUACGUAGCAAGUGGUUUAUUGCGACCUCUAUCUGUUGCUGCUGCAGAUGCACUAUCAAAAUUUUAUUACCCACCAGUUGCAGCAGUUUCUAUUUCAUAUCCAAAAGAAGCAAUUCGGACUGAUUGCUUGAUAGAUGGUGAACUGAAGGGCUUUGGUCAAUUGCAUCCUCGUAGCCAAGGGCUGAAAACUUUAGGAACUAUAUACAGCUCAUCACUCUUUCCUAAUCGUGCACCACCUGGAAGGGUUCUGCUCUUGAACUAUAUUGGAGGUGCCACCAAUCCUGGAAUUUUGUCAGAGACGGAGAGCAAGCUUGUUGAAGCAGUUGAUCAAGAUCUGAGAAAAGUCCUCCUAAACCAUAAUGCUAAGGAGCCGCUUGUAUUGGGUGUGAAAGUAUGGCCACAAGCUAUUCCACAGUUCUUGGUUGGUCAUUUUGAUGUCCUUGAUGCUGCAAAAGCCGGUCUAAGUGAUACUGGGACCCAAGGGUUGUUUCUUGGCGGCAACUAUGUCACUGGUGUAGCCUUGGGUCGAUGUGUUGAGGGUGCUUAUGAUGUUGCGGCUGAGGUGGCUAAUUUUGUGUCAAAAUAUGCUUACAAAUAGUUCAGUUAACGGUGAUUCUGCAAUGCAUCCUGUAGAAGUGCAAUGUUAGGAAGUAGAAGUUAAGAUGUUCCUUUGGACUUCCCGGGCGGCCUGGCUUUGCAGAUAGAGUUCCUUCUCCUUUUUGGUAUUGUAUUUUGUCUAUUAGUUUUAGUUGGUACUUGUGACUUGUGAGUUGUAAUAACUUUUGCUUUGGUCCACCUACUCUCUUCUACUUCUAUCUAGUAUCUACUUACUCACACCCA